AUGGAAUACCAACUUCCGUAUGACAUCCUGGGGAAAUGCAGUGACUACCAAGAAAGUCCCCUAGAUGCUGAGGCUUCCAUCCUCCUGCUGUUGGCCCUUAUUCUCUUUGUCAACAUUGGGAUCAACCUGACAACUGUGAUGUGGCACAGGCUCCAGAAUGCCUUAGACAAGAUGGUCGACAAUUUUAGUCCCAAAAGUGAUAACUCCAAGACUUCUGAAAGAUGCCCCCAGGAUCACCCACCCAAGGCCCAAGAUGUCCACAUUCACUGCACAUUGGACCCUGUAGAAGUGAAGCUGUCUCAGUCUUCCUCCUCCUCUUCCUCCGACCACUAUCUCCAGGACCUCGCCCUCCAACGCCGCCGCCAGCGCCAACGCAAACGCCGCCGCCGUUGCAGCCCCCGACAUUACCCCAAACGUCGAGGUCAUAAAAGGGGGACUUGCCCACGCCCCCAUCCCUGCAGCCACCAGCGGAAGCGAUUCCCCUCAAAUGGCUCUGUUUUCCCUAGCAAAAACCACUGGCACAGGAUGAUGCUUGCUCCUUCCUCUGACAAGGAAGAUCUGGAGUCCUACCUAGAGGAGGAGGAGAGCCUGUCCUACCCACGCCCCAAAAACUUACAGAGACCUUGGGGGCCCCUCUGCAAGCGAGUAGACCUAGCCCCCAACGUCGAUCUCUGGGGCUGUAACGGGGGCAUCCUGGCCAGCCUGCCACCACCCUCUCUCUACCUGUCUCCCGAGCUGCGCCUCAUGCCCAAGCGUGUGGAGGCCAAAUCGGAACUGAGACUGCAGAAAUUCAGGCCCCACUGCUCACAAACCCAAGUCUGGGACAACAUGGAAGCUGAGCAGCCCGCCCCAUGUCUGCCACCUCCCCAACGGCUGCCCCAUAACUCAUCCUUGGCCCCUGGAACUCACACCCCUUACCCCUCAAAGGGCCAACUUCUGUAUGAAUCCUGGCAGCAUCGGAGGCAUGGCCUGCCAAGCUCUGAGCCCCCAUUAGCCCUGCUACCCCGAAGUUCCCCGCCCGUGGUCCAGGAGCCCCACUCCUCACACUGCCACCGGAGGAGCCUCCCCAGCCCUGUUUAUAGUCAACCCAACCGCAGCCACCAUUCUUCCAUGGGACACCUGAGCCACAACACCCACGAUAUCCGGCGACGGGCCACUGAAUUGUCCGAGGCGCCACCUGUUCAACAUGCCCUGACCACCUCCACGUCCCUCAAUGUGUUGAAUGACAGUUCGUGCCAACAGGGCUCGGUCCCCACCACAGCCAUGCAGCACCACUAUGUCCAGCCCUUGCCUGAAGUCCAGCCUGCUGAGCCCCCCCCACCCACGCCCACCUUCAUGCCCCUCAGUAGGAGCCCAGGGGUUAAAGCCAACCACCAGGUGGUAUAUGACAGCGUAGAACUGAAGCGGCAGGUACAGGAGAACAGAGCGCGAACCAACUCGCUGCCACCUCCCUCCUUGACCUCGAAGUCCUGUCAGCACUGGGGCAGGAACAUGAAACACAGCUGA